UUUAAAUCCUAAAUGGAUUCUGUAGGAAUAAAAGAAAGAGAUCUAGCAGUUGAUGCAGUCAGGAGUUGGUGGAGGACUUUUGAAAAUUCUAAGCUAGUCAAGCCAUAUCUUAUAUUUGGCCCAUUCCUGUUCGUUCUUCUGUUCUAUAUGAUGUUUUCAAGUGAAUUUGGACUUGUAGUCGCCUUCUCAACACUCCAGGUGAGUAUCUAUUUUAUAGUUGUCUCCUUCUGGAUGUUGGUAUGGAUACUUAAGAAAGAUGUUGGGGAUGAAGACAUGCUCGAAAUCGCAAAUCCAAUUAAAGAAGGAGCAGAAGGAUUUCUACUUACGCACACAAAAACUAUUUUCAGACUAGCAGCUGUGUUUGCAGUGGGAAUAAUGUUGAUCUACUUGUUUAGAUCUCCUACAAGUAACUCCUUGAUCAAUGAUCAUGUGUCUUCCUGGCUCAUAUGCUUCUUUGUCUCAAUUUCCUUCAUCAUUGGAGCUUUUUGUUCAGCCCUCAGCGGAUAUGCAGGAAUGUGGGUUUCAGUAAGAGCAAACGUAAGAGUAGCAGCAGCUUCCAGAAAAUGCUAUGAUUCUUCAAUGAAGAUAUGCUUUAGAGGGGGAGCUUUCGCAGCAAUUAUCAAUGUAGCCCUAGCCUUGCUUGGUAUAUCUGUUUUGUACUUGGUUCUGUAUUUCUGAUUCUGGAUUCAUAUGCCAUCAGGAGUAGAUAUCCCCAUUCAAGAAAUCCCAGUUCUUCUAGUUGGAUUUGGCUUUGGUGCUUCCUUUGUAGCCAUGUUCGCCCAGCUAGGAGGAGGUAUUUACACUAAAGCAGCAGAUGUAGGAGCAGAUCUUAUUGGUAAGGUUGAGGCUGGGAUUCCAGAAGAUGACCCAAGAAAUCCAGCUGUUAUUGCAGAUUUAGUUGGUGAUAAUGUUGGAGAUUGUGCAGGGCAGUGUGCUGAUCUAUUCGAGUCAAUCUCAGCAGAAAUCUUGAGCGCAAUGAUCCUGGGAGGUUCCUUAGCUGAUGAAGGACAUUUGAGUCAAAAUAUGAAAGCAGGAUUUAUUCUCUUCCCAUUAUGUAUACAUUCAUUAGAUUUAAUUGUAAGCACAAUUUCUACUUUCUUUGUCAAGACUGACAAAGGACUACCUGAGUUGUCUAAGAUGAAUAAGCUUGAGGAUCCGAUCUCUAUUAUGAAAAGAGCUUAUUAUCUAUCCUUAAUAUUGGCUGUAAUUGGACUAUUCUUCAUCUGUAGGAACUUUUUGUACAUCAAUAAUCUGCCAAAUGCUUAUCUUUGUUUCUAUGGUUGUGGCUUGAUUGGAUUAUUAGUUUCCUUCUUGAUCCUGAUCUGAACCCAAUAUUACACAGACUAUAAUUAUGGACCAGUUCAGAGAAUUGCAGAGUCAUCCAAGAUGGGCCAUGCUACGAAUAUCAUCACCGGACUCUCAGUAGGUUUGGAGAGCACAGGGGCUCCAAUCUUGAUAAUAUCUGUUGCAGUAUUAUUAUCUUACUAUCUUGGUGAGUACACAGGGAUCAGAGAUGAAAACGGAGCUCUAAUCGGAGGUCUCUAUGGCACAGCUGUCGCAACAAUGGGCAUGUUCUCAACAGGUGUCUUCGUCCUCUCAAUGAGUGGAUUUGGACCAAUAGCAGAUAACGCAGGUGGUAUCGUAGAAAUGAGCAACCAAGAGCCCUAUGUAAGAGAGAUUACUGAUAGACUUGAUGCUGUUGGAAAUGUCACUAAGGCAAACACAAAAGGAUACUCUGUAGGCUCAGCGACUCUAGCAUGUUUCCUUCUCUUUAGUGCUUUCCUAGACGAAGUUACCAUGCUAACUGGGAAACCAUUGAAAUCUAUUGAUAUCACAGUUCCUGAAGUUUUCAUUGGUGGACUUCUCGGAUCGGUCACAGUAUUUGUAUUCUCUGCCUGGACUAUAGCAGCUGUUGGAAACGCAGCAGAGGAUGUUAUUGCUGAGGUUAGAAGACAGUUUAGAGACCAUCCAGGUAUUCUUACUUACGAAGAGAAGCCUGAUAAUAAGAAAUGAGUGUCUCUUGUUGCACAAGCAGGUCAAAGAGAAAUGAUCAAGCCUGGGCUUUUGGCUUUAUUCUCUCCAAUUCUAGUGGGAUUUAUAUUCCGGUUAAUAGGAUCGUACACAAACAGAGAUCUUCUUGGGGCAGAAGUACUUGCUGGAUUUCUUAUGUUCUCUACUUGCACUGGAAUUUUGAUGGCACUCUUUUUCAAUAAUGCUGGAGGAGCAUGGGACAAUGCUAAGAAAUAUGUGGAAUUAGGCAAAUUUGGAGGAAAGAAUUCCGAAGCUCACAAGGCAGCAGUUACAGGAGACACUGUAGGAGAUCCUUGCAAAGAUACAGCAGGUCCUUCCAUUCACAUCUUGAUCAAGCUGGUAUCAACAAUUACUCUGGUUUUGGUCCCCCUAUUUGUGGUCACAUAACCUUCAAUAAGUCAACUCAAGACA